AUGCGAUCUACCGCACUGGUAGAAUAUCACCCGACAGGUCGUAGCACACGUGGAUCUUAUAUGGCUGACGUCAGCGCGAGAUUCUCUGAGCGGCGUUACUCCCGUUGCGCUGCUUCCGCCACCACCUGCGCUGGCGCUGAUCUGCCGAGAGCCAGUGCUGAAGCGGCGGACGUGGCGACGGCCGGUACUGACGUGUCGGAACAUGGCGGUGACGUGGCGAGCGCAGGGAGCACGAGGGAGGCGGCGGUGGCAGCGGGGCGCGGCAAGGGGCUGGUGGCGUUCUACGCGGACCACCACGUCGUGCCCCUCCCCGCCGGCCACCGCUUCCCCAUGGAUAAAUACCGCACCACUCGCCUUCUCCUGCAGUCAGAUGCAUCUCUGGAUCGCAUCCUGGCCGUCCAUCCCGCACCCCUUGUCUCAUGGGAGGAGCUUCAGCAGGUGCAUGAGGAGGGCUACCUGACGCGGCUCUUCUCACACGCCCUAUCAGAGCAGGAGCAGCGGGUGCUGGGCUUCCCAUGGUCGCCGCACCUGCUGCUGCGCUCCCAGGCCUCCUGCGGGUAUGCAGGGGCUGCCCGGGGGAGCGGGCGGCAGGGGUGCUGGCGGGCGGCACACACCAUGCGUUCCGGGGGCACGGGGAGGGCUUCUGUGAGUGUGUUCAACGACAUAGCAGUGGCAGCCCUGGCAGCACUCACGCACCACCCCACCAUCUGCAAUGCCCAUCGGCCCAUCCUGGCCCUUGAUCUCGACGUGCACCAGGUGCGCACCACCACCACCAUGCACAGCCCUGUGGACUGCCAACCGACUCUCCUCCCUUCUCCAUACCCCUCCCUUCCCCAGCCUCCACCCGCUCACACCCCUUUCCUCAUCAAUCCCUCAGCGCCUCUCGCAGUCAUGUGCGCGUCCUGCUGCGGGCCGUGUGAGGCCGCUCAAUCAACCGUUCUCGCCGGCCCCUCUUCCCCCCGCUGCCACGCCAACGGCACGGCGAGCAUAUUCGAGGGCGACCCGCGGGUGGUGACAUUCUCGAUGCACGGCGCCAACAACUACCCCUGGCGCUCCAAGCGCCGCUCUGACUAUGAUGUAGAGCUGCCUGAUGACACGGGGGACGCUGCUUACCUUGCCCUGCUGCACGAGUGGCUGCCAAAGCUGUUUGACCAGCACCGGCCGAGCCUCGUAAUUUUCCAGGCGGGGGUGGAUGCUCUUAAAGAGGACAGUUUUGGCAGGCUUGCGAUGACAAGGGCCGGCAUGCUGAGGAGGAACAACAUGGUGUACAGUGCUUGUAUCGACAACGACGUUCCAUUGGUCAUCACCAUGGGAGGCGGAUAUUCAAGACCUCCUGAUGCUUCCAUCGCAGCACAUGCUGAUGUGUAUCGCUGCAAUCCUCCGCGCUUCGUGCUUGCCUCUGCUCUCGCCUCUUACAACCUCGCUAAAAUACCGCACUGCGCGCCGAUGGCUGCUGCUCCGCCUCUCACGGCGAGUCCGGGCAAGGCGGCGUCACCGUGUGCGGAGGUCGCGCCAGCCAUCCCAGGCAUGACGCUGAGCCCGCACAAGCCGACCACCGCCGCCGCCGCCGCCGCGGAAGGACCGCUCUCCAUCGUCAUCUUCGGCGCGUCGGGCGACUUGGCGAAAAAGAAGACGUUCCCCGCGCUCUUCAACCUCUUCCAGCACGGCUUUCUCCCCGCGGGGGAGAUCCGCAUCUUCGGAUACGCGCGCUCGCUGAUGACGUCGGAGCAGCUGCGCGACAAAAUCAAGGGCUACUUGAAGCCUAAGGGCGACACGGCCCCUGGGAAGGACCCCGUCGCAGCUUUCCUCAACGUCGUGGACUACAUCCAUGGCCCCUACGACGGGCGCGACGGCUACGCCAAGCUGCAGGAGGCCAUGCUCGCCUUCGAAAACACCACCGCUCCCACCGCCACCACCAGCGACACCACCACUGUGUUCAGGGAGGACUUUGGCACGGAGGGCCGUGGAGGCUACUUCGACCAAGUAAUGCGGUGCUUCUCACAUGUGAAUCCACGCAUCUCUCUCCUCUUCCACUCGCUUGCUCCCCCCUCCCCCCUGGGCAGCAUCAUUCGGGACAUCAUUCAGAACCACCUCAUGCAGGUGCUGUGUCUGGUGGCGAUGGAGAAGCCAGUGUCAGUGCAGCCGGAGGACAUUCGGGACGAGAAGGUGAAGGUGCUGCGCGCCAUACAGCCCAUCAGGGAGGACGAGGUGGUGCUGGGGCAGUACGAGGGGUACACUGAUGACCCCACCGUGCCCAACGGCUCCCACACGCCCACCUUCGCCUCUUUGGUUCUGCGCAUCAAGAAUGAGCGCUGGGACGGGGUGCCGUUCAUAAUGAAGGCGGGCAAAGCAUUGGAGUCACGCAAGGCGGAGAUCCGAGUGCAGUUCCAUGACGUGCCGGGUGACAUCUUUGGCUGUGGGCGGAACUCGCGGGACGAGUUUGUGAUGCGCCUGCAGCCAUCGGAAGCCAUGUACAUGAAGCUCACGGUGAAGAAGCCGGGGUUAGAGAUGGCAGCGACGAUGAGUGAGUUGGAUCUGAGCUACAGCCAGCGCUAUGCAGGGGUGGUCAUCCCUGAAGCCUACGAGCGCCUCAUCCUUGACAGCAUCAAUGGCGACCAGCAGCACUUCGUGCGUCGAGACGAGCUCAAGGCUGCGUGGGAGAUCUUCACGCCUCUGCUGCACCGCAUCGACCAGGGCGCCCUCCCCCCGCACCCGUACAAGCAGGGCAGCCGAGGCCCCGAUCACGCGGACGAGCUGGCGGAAAGGGUGGGGUACCGCCGCACAGAGGGGUACUGCUGGAUCCCGCCAACCCUCGCGGAAUAG